UCAGCUGAUUACGUCAGUCCGCAGAAACGAAAACAGAAGGAUAGUGGGGUCGCCUGUGUGUGAGUGGGUUGCUGGUUGUUCUUUAGUGAGGCUGAUAUCUGUGUAGUUUUAAGGUUUAACUGAUUUAAAGGCUGGGUUUUACUGUUAUACAGCGCUAUUAGGAAAACCGCGGUAAAGAGCAUCUAGUCCAGGUUCAGAGUCAGCCAUCUCUGCGGGAAGUGCCUGCUCACCCUGGAGGAGCAGUACUGCAGCAGUACUGGAGAGUUCUGUUCAUUCAUUAGGCUGCUGAAGUCCAGCAUGGCUAUUCCUGAGUGGCGCCUGUCCCUGAAGCUGAUGGACCACCCCUCCCUCCCGAAGUCCGUCCUCCAGUUUCCAGAGACGGAGCCUGGAGAUGUUCCACCUGGAGAGUAUCGAGUGGCGACUCUCAAACAGCUCGUCUCAGCACAGCUACCAGACGCCAUACCUGACCCAGAACUUAUAGAGCUGGUGUACUGUGGCAGAAAGCUGAGGGAUGAACUCACCCUAGACUCCUACGGGAUCCAGUCAGGAUCUACUGUACACAUCCUGAGGAAGUCAUGGCCAGAACCUGAGAUCCAUCCUGAGCCUGUUGACAGAGUAACAGCAGCAAGAGAAUUUCGUGUCCUUCAGGCAGCUCUUCACACAAGCACAGCCUACAGAGAUUCGGUUUUUAAAAUGUUGAACAACAAGGAGUCUCUGGAUCAGAUAAUUGUGGCCACACCUGGUUUGAGUACUGAUCCAAUGGCUCUGGGUGUCCUUCAAGACAAGGAACUCUUUGUGCAAUUCACAGAUCCCAACAUGCUUGACACGUUGAUUAACUCUCACCCAGCACUGGUUAAUGCCAUUAUUCUGGUGCUGCAUUCAGUAGCUGGCAGUGUGCCCAACCAGCAGAGUGCCAGCUCCUCCAGAAAUGUGUCCUCCAGCUCCUACAGUGACAUGCCAGGAGGAUUUCUCUUCGAAGGCAUGUCUGACGAUGAGGAGGAAUUCCAAUCGGGGAACCGGAGUGGACCAUCCUCCAGUUCUACAGGCUCUUCGGGGUUGAGGCCUGCUACAUUAGGCUACAGUGGGGCAGUUGGACCUAGACCAAUCACCCAGAGUGAACUUGCAACAGCCCUAGCUCUAGCCAGCACUCCUGAAAGCAGUGCUGUUACACCCACCAUAGGAAACCAGGGAGCUUCUUCAGGGGUUUCCCCUAUCCCAGCCGGAACCCCUAUAACAAAUGACCUGUUCAACCAGGCCCUGCAGCAAGCCUUACAGGUGUCGAGCAUAUCGUCCCUUCAGAGUCAGUGGCAAUCCCAGCUCCAGCAGUUGCGGGACAUGGGGAUUCAGGACGAGGAGCUGAUCCUGCGAGCCCUGCAGGCCACUGGGGGAGAUAUUCAAGCUGCAUUGGAGCUCAUUUUUGCAGGAGGAGCCCCAUGAGUCUCUGUACUUCACACCUACUAGAAAAACAUAGGCACUGUUGUAAUCAGGCAUUUUCACAGAAAUAACUUGAUGCUGAGGAUCUGAAGGAGUUACUGAAUAUUACAGUGUACAUCAUUUUUAUAUGUUGACUUCUUUAAACUUUAAAUCACAAGCUAUUUGCACUUUUGCCUGAAAUGUUAACGGAGAGGUUUUUAUUUAUUUUAAUGUAAACAUUUGUCUUCUUAAUUCUGGCAGAUGAGCCACUGAUGUCUGUUGUGAUGGUUCCUUACUGUGGAUUUUCCAGCAAUACCAUCUUCAGAGUACAUUUGAUUUAAUUUGAUGUUUUAAUGCUAAAGUAACUAUGGAUAUGUUUUGUGGCAAGAGACAUGAUUACAGAUAUUAAAUGAUGAA